CUUCUAUUAAAUGCGCCAAGAGUGCUUCAAAGAUUUCAGUUUUCAAAACCCUCAUAUCUUCUGCUUUCACUCUCUCUCGCUCUUCAUUUUCCCCUAAAUUUCACAAUCGCACACUGGUAAUGGCUACCCACGGAUCCAAUGCUGCUGUAUCUGAAUCAUCUGAUCAUCAACUCUCGUUUGCGCGAAGUUAUCAGAUAGAAGCAUUAGCUCAGGCAAUUAAGGAGAACACUAUAGUGUUCUUGGAGACGGGAUCAGGCAAGACGUUGAUCGCGAUUAUGCUUUUACGUCACUACGCUUAUCUGUUGAAAAAACCGUCCCCGUAUAUUGCUGUGUUCUUGGUACCCACUGUUGUAUUGGUCAAACAGCAAGCGGAGUAUGUGAGAAGGCACCUUGAUUUGAAAGUGGAGGAGUAUUGGGGUGAAAAAGGUGUUGAUUUUUGGAAUGCUGCUGAUUGGAAGAAACAACGAGAUCAGAAUCAGCUAUUGGUCAUGACCCCUGACAUUUUAAGGAAUGCAUUGAGGCAUAGAUUCUUGACUUUGGACAUUAUCAAGGUGUUAAUAUUUGAUGAAUGCCACAACGCAAAGAAAAAUCAUGCAUAUGCUAUCAUCAUGAAGGAGUUCUAUCACCGUGAGUUACUGGCUGGUAGUUCUCAGCUUCCGAGGAUCCUUGGGAUGACUGCUUCACCUGUGAAAGCUAAAGGGUCUAGCUCAAGCGAAGAGUAUUGGAAACAGAUUAGUGAACUUGAAAACUUACUGCGUUCAAAGGUUUAUACAUGUGCUAGUGAAUCUGUACUAGCUGAACACAUUCCAUUUUCCAACGCAAAGUAUACAUUCUACAAGGAAAUGGAAAUCCCGUGUACGUUUGAGGAAAUAAAAAAUACAUUGUCGAUUCUAAGGGAAAAGUAUGUUUUGGCCAUAAGAACUUCAACCCUUUUGGACUCUUCAAAAGAAAAUGCAACAAGCAGAUUGUUGAGGUUAUCUAAACAGUUUGAGUUCUGCUUAUAUGAGCUUGGCAUUUGGUUAGCAGCAAAGGCAGCAGAAGCCCAUUCAUGUGAAGCAAAUGAUCUUUACACUUGGGGGACGCCUGAUGUUCGUGGUGAGGCGAUUGCUAGAGAUUUCUGUAAAGACGUCCACAACAUUCUCUCAUCUUACAUACCUCCUGGCUGGUUGGUUCAUCAUAUAAAUAAAGAAAGUGUGCUGAGCCAUGGCUUCCUUACAACAAAAGUUGUGUGUUUAAUUGAAUCACUUGCUGAAUAUAGGCAUGUCAAUGACAUGAGAUGCAUAAUCUUCGUUGAGAGGGUUAUUUCAGCAAUUGUACUCAAAACCUUGUUGUGUGAGCUGUACCCUAAACUGUUCGGUUGGAAAACAGAAUAUACAGCUGGCAAUAACUCUGUGAUGCAGUCACAGAGCCGUGGUGCUCAAAAUAAGAUCGUUGAUGAGUUUCGCAAAGGCACUGUCAAUAUAAUUGUUGCAACAUCCAUUCUUGAAGAAGGUUUGGAUGUUCAGAGCUGCAAUCUUGUUAUUAGAUUCGACCUUUCGAAUACAGUUUGUAGCUUCAUCCAAUCUCGAGGCCGUGCUCGGAUGAGGAACUCGGAUUUUUUACUUUUGAUUCCAAGUGGCGACACGGAAACUUUGGAGAAGGUGCAAAACUACCUAAUCAGUGGAGAAAUUAUGCGACAGGAGUCUUUAAAUCAUGCUUCAGAACCAUGUGCACCGCUCGAUGGUGACAUCAUGAAUGAAGCCGUUUAUCAUGUUGAAUCUACUGGGGCUUCUUUAAGCCUUAGUUCCAGCAUAUCAAUGGUUUACUUCUAUUGCUCUAGGCUACCUUCUGAUGGGUACUUUAAGCCUUAUCCAAGAUUCGAAAUUGAUAAGGAAGCAGGAACAUGCGUUAUAUAUUUUCCUAAAAGCUGCCCACUUCCAAGUGUGCGUGUGACAGGAAAUGUAAAAAUGCUGAAGCAACUUGCAUGCCUUGAAGCAUGCAAGGAACUGCAUAAGCUUGGUGCAUUAACAGAUUAUCUUGUCCCAGAUACUGUGGAGAAAGCUGAUAUCGAUGCACAGGAAAUUGCAUACGACUACGUAGCAGAACAAGUUCAAUAUGUGCCACCUGAACUUGUGGGUCGAUAUGGAAAUGAUUCGAAUAAAGAAUAUCAUUUCUACUCAAUUAAGUUAAAGAGGAAUUUCGAAUAUGAUAUUCCACUCCAAGAUAUGGUUCUUGGAGUCAACAACGAGUUGGAACUCGACAAUGAUCGGUUGGAAUUUGAUCUUGAGGUUGAUAGAGGCACAAUUGCUGUUUCAAUCACAUAUAUUGGCACUUCUUUCCUUACAUCUCAUCAGAUAAGGACAUCAUACAUUUUUCAAGUGAUGGUAUUAAGAGUACUUCUCGAUAAUGCCAUAACAAAGUUGAAGAAAUUUCUUGAAGUUAUUACAACGAAAAAUAACGUUACGCUAUUUGACUAUCUUUUGUUCCCUUCAAUGGGGUUAAAUAAAAGCCCGCCGGUCAUUGAUUGGACUUCCGUUAAUUCGGUUGCAUUCCUUUAUGCAAAACAACACAAUUGUUCAUUAACGGGCAAUUAUCAUCACCAAAUUCACACGAUCAAUGGAGUAGUUUGCAGCUGCUCAAUGGAAAAUGCAUUGGUGUAUACGCCCCAUAAUGAGCAUGUGUAUUGCACCACAAAAAGAUUAGUUGGGUUAAAUGGUAAUUCGUCUUUGCAAUUAAAAGGAGAAGCCAUAACAUACAAAAAUUACUACAAAACACGGCAUGGGAUUGAUUUGCAAUACGGAGAUGAAUCGUUUUUUGCUGCUAGACAACUUUUUGUUGUUCGAAAUACUCUUCAAAAGGGCAGACAUCAUAAGGAGAAAGAAACAAGUAACGCCGGGGUUGAGCUGCCUCCCGAACUGUGUUACAUUUUGAUGUCUCCAAUACCGAUAACUACGUUCUAUUCUUUUUCUUUUGUUCCAUCAAUCAUGCAUAGGAUUGAGUCAUGGCUCCUUGCCUUAAACCUCAAGAAAAUGCAUUUAGACUGUAGUCCGUCAUAUGGAAAUGUUCCCGCCAGUAAGAUCUUGGAAGCAUUAACAACCAAAAAAUGCCUCGAAAAGUUUCAUCUUGAAUCAUUGGAAACUCUAGGGGAUUCUUUUCUUAAGUAUGCUGCUAGCCAGCAGCUAUUUAAAAAAUUUCAAGGUCAACAUGAAGGCAUCUUGAGCUCUCGAAGAGAGAAAGUAAUAUCCAAUGCCUCAUUAUGCAGAUUGGGAUGUAACCGCAAUCUCCCGGGAUUUGUCCGUAACAAACCAUUUGAUCCAAAAACAUGGGUCGUGCCCGGGGACCUCUCUGAAACCUUUGAGUUGGGACAAAUGAAUCUUUCAACCGAAAGAAAAGUUUAUAUUGGAAACAAAAGAACACUAAAGGAGAAAGUAGUAGCUGAUGUUGUUGAAGCGUUAAUCGGCGUUUUUCUUAGUGAAGGUGGAGAAAUGGCCGCCUUAUCUUUUAUGAGGUGGCUUGGUAUUAAGGUUGACUUAGUCAACACAUCAUACAUAAGGGAAGUGACAUUGCAACCCGAGAAGUAUAUAAACAUUGAACACUUGGAAUCUUUGCUGAAUUAUACAUUUAAUGAUGCUUCUUUACUCGUUGAGGCACUGACUCAUGGGUCUUACAUGCUACCCGAGAUUCCAAAAUGUUACCAGCGUUUAGAAUUUCUUGGGGAUGCUGUUUUGGAUUAUUUAAUAACUGUACAUUUGUACAAUAAAUAUCCGGGAAUGUCUCCUGGAAUGUUGACCGAUUUAAGGUCAGCUUCUGUAAAUAAUGAUUGUUAUGCACAGUCUGCAUUCAAAAUUGAACUCCAUAAACACAUUCUUCACGGUUCCCAAGCCCUUCAUCAGCAUAUAGUCAAAAUCAUGCGUGAGAUUGACCAUUUGACCUUGGAAACAACUUUCGGAUGGGAAUCUGAGACAUCUUUUCCUAAGGUACUUGGAGAUGUUAUAGAAUCCUUAGCUGGGGCUAUUUUUGUCGAUUCAGGUUAUGAUAAAGAUCAAGUUUUUAAUAGUAUUAGGCCUCUUCUUGAGCCAUUGGUCACACCAGAGACCUUAAAGCUGCAUCCUGUAAAAGAGUUACACGAUCUUUGUCAGAAAAAUCACUACGAAAUUAAGAAAACAGCUAAGCGUACCGAGGAUGGUACCGUAUGGUUUACCAUUGAAGUUGAAUCCGAAGGAGAAGUGUUUAAGGAGUCUUGUAUGGCUUCAGACAAAAAAAUGGGCGAACGAGUUGCUUCAAAAAAUGUUUUGAAGCGUAUUAAGGAAACAAUAUAGGAUUUGAAUUUAUUCGUGGUUUUGUACUCAGUGUUUUGUUGUAAUUGUUUUAAAUAAGCGACAAUCCAAGCACCUUGUUUGCUGUGUGAUCAAUGUAUGUUGCUUUGGUUAAUUAAUAAAGGUGAUGCAGCUAGAUAAGUGUUAUUAACA